UUAAGAUGCGAUUAGUUAUAUCGCUGAUAGUGAAAGAUAGGAAGGAAAAAACCCCCACUAAGAUCUCAGCUCUGCCCAAAACGAGAAUGGUGAUCAGCCUCCCAGUCAGCCCAGCGUGUUGUGUCGUCUGGCCCUUCGAACACGCCCCCUUUUGGUCGACUCAUCUACUUUUGAGAUUUUGAGUGAAGGUUUGCCAACAACAGUCUUUCAAAAUGACUACAAAAGCUAAAAAAGGUCAAAAUGAUCCCUCAAGGUUUGAAGGGACUGGGAUCAGCUACAAGGCAAAGCUCAUCGGUGUCGAGACCGUUCCAGAGGCUCGCGGGGAUCAGAUGUGCCAGGAGGCCAUUACGAAACUGAAAAACUCUGUGAAAAUAUCUGGCCAGCACAAACAGAAAAUAUUUGUCAACGUCACGUUGGAAGGGUUGAAAAUUAUUGAUGCAAUCUCUCUGGCGUCAAACCAAAACAAGAAAAAGAAUGAGCCAAAAAAUGCUAAGACGAAUGAAGAGAAAGAGAAAGAGAAUGAUGGGACUAAAAAAGAGGAGGAAUUGCUUGUUCUGCACACUCACCCAGUCCAUAGAAUUUCCUUCAUAUCGAGAGACACAGUCGACAACCGUGCUUUUGGGUAUAUCUUCGGAGAGGGAGAUGGGUCGCACAAAUUUUUCGCCAUCAAGACAGCUGCUGCGGCUGAGCAGUUAGUUUUAGCACUGAGGGAUCUCUUCCAAGUGGUGUACGAGAUGAAGAAGAAAGAAGUGGAAGAGGCCAAGGAGAAGAUUGAGAAAGGGGAAAUAUCGGUUGAAACAGAAAAUCUGGAAAACUCGCAGCCCUCGGGGGAUGGGUCGACCUCGGGGACUGGGCAGACCCCCCAGACUCAGAGUGCUGAUGCUGAAAAUAUUUACCAGGUGCCCCCAAACAAUGCCCCAGUAAACCCUGCAGCUCAGGCAGAGGAGGUUGCCAAUUUGUUGGACCUAGAGGAUCAAGCGGAACACAUUCUCAAAGGAAUCGAGCAGAUUAAAAAUCUGGAGUUUGACUCGAUUGGCGAAGAGCCGACGACAUCGCCAGUGUCUCCUCCGACAUCUCCAUUUGCCAAACUGGCACCACCAUCUGCCGCGGCUCCUGGCCAAGCCGACCCAUGGGGCUCACCCGCUCCAGCAGCUGCUGCUGGUGGUGCUCAGGCCCCAACAUCUGCGCUGGGGGAUCUGGCCGGUCUGCAGACCAGUCCCUUCCCUAACAUCAGCAUGAACCCAGGCUUCCAACAGCCCCAGCCAGGAUUCCCCGGAACUCCCUUCCCCGGGCAAGGCUUUGGUGGCCAGCCUCAGUUUGGCCUACCUGCUGGUGGGUUGCCUGUUACAAAAGAUCCAUUUGCUAACGAUCCGUUCAGAGCUGGGGCUCAACCAGGUGCAGUCCCCCCUGCUGGUGGUUUCCAUACUGCCAAUCCGUUUGGCACCCAGGCCUUUGGAGGGCAACAACAAGCUUUUGGCAUGCAGCAACCCAGACCAGGAGCCCCCGUGGCACCCAUGGCCAUGAUGCCGGGCAUCCUUCCGCAUGGGAUGAUGGGUCAGCCUCAGCCGGGUGUGAUGGCCAACCCUUUUGCUGCCCAGCAGCAGCAGCAGCAGCCCCAGCAGCUGACGAACGCGUUUGGCGAGGAGAACCCCAACCUGCUCAUGCCCAUUCGCCAGGACGGCGGCGCGCAAGACGGAAAAGGAGAGGCGGACCAAACCAAGGCAAGGUCAAAGUCUCCACGAGAAGAUCUAUUCGGCGAUCUGCUGGACAUAAAAAAGACAGCGCCCCCUGCUGCAAAGACGCCGAAAGACAUGUUUGCCCAGAUAAGCGCCGGGGAGAAAAAGUCAAUGAACCAGCUGAAGACGGAAACGACUGGCCAGCAGCCUCCACCCGCGGCACAGGCAAGUGAUCCCUUUGGUGACGUUGACUCUAUCGCUGCCGAUAAAACCCGAAGCCUCUUCUCUAAUGAGGCGGAUGAGGAUCCGUUUGACACCUCCCAUAUUCCGUCUUUGCCACCCGCUCCUCAGCCAAGCCAGCAGACCUCCCAAAAGACCAAUACCUUUGUCCCAACCGACGCUGUGGCGCCCCCUGUUCCUCGUCGAAAUCUCACCCCGAAUGUUCCUCCCGAUUCACAACCCAAUUCCAGUUCUUCAUCACCCGCUUCCCCUCUUUUCUCACCCCCUUUAUCAUCAAUGCCAUCAUCCAACCCUCCACAGAUUUCCCCACCCCCCAGACCGGGCAAAAGUAAUUCACGUUCCGUAGGCGGAACACCGGUACACCAGCCCAGUACAUCUAUAAAACAGUUUAAAAUUUCAGAAUCACCAGAUUCCAGCUUUUCUGCGUGUGACACUUCUAUCAACAAUUCUUUCAUGCUUCCCUCACCUGAUGAACCUCCUCCACCCCUCCCAUCACUCCCGAAUAUAAAUGCACCCCCUCCUCCUCCUCCCCGCCCCAAGUCAUCCGCCUCCUCCACCGCGUCACCUUUGCCCUCAGAAAUGUCGUCCCCUCAUCUUCGUCAUUCCUCCUCUAAUCAGAGUGUAGAAAGCAAAGUGUCAGAUCAAAGUUCUGUUAAGGUUAUUAGUGGUGAUAGUGCCGCCCCCGGUCAUCGGGACUCCAGAGACAAACAAGCAAAACAAAACGGUGAAACAAAAACCACUCCUCUAAAAAAUAAUUCCCCAUUCGACCCGGACCCCUUCUGUGUACCAAUUAGAUCGAGUAGUUCUAAAAAGCAGACUGUAACAUCUUCUUCAACCCAUUCAUCAUCCACAUCAUCAUCAUCGUCCAACAACCAAAGCAUACCCAGCACAAGUGAUCCUUUUUCCCCCGAGAACUUUGGCUUUCCCAAGAGUGAUCCAUUCUCCUCGAGUCAGUCUAUUCUAGAAUCUGAUUCGUCCAAAGACACGAGCUUUGGUGACACCCCAGCCACAAAAAGUGAUGGCGAAGAUCCUUUUGGUCUUCCUCUUCACUUGACCCCAGGCUUUAAGGUCACUGCCAAAUUUGGGAAUGAUCCCUUCGAGGACAGUUUCAAUGGAUCCCUUGGUAAUAAUGCUGAGAAAUGGGAUCCGUUUGCAUCUGGAUUUGAUGGAGAAUUACCUCCGAAGAGUUCAAAUGACACUGAUCCAUGGGGCUCGUCACCGUUUGGUAAUGUCGACGCGUUUGGUGCCCCACCUCAGCCAGUCAACGGAAAUUCAACUGGUCAAACACUCCUGGACUGAAGAUCAGCACUUACAUCACUACCAUUGGAAGGUGCCAACCAUAAAAUAAUUAUAGAAAGUGUAUUACCUCAUGUGCCUUAACACUGCUCCUGUGUGGAACUACUUGAUGGACUUUACAGCCGCGCUCAGCUAGUCAUGUUCAUUGCUCUUUGAGUGUACAGGAACCAAAGAAAUGCAUGUGCUACUUUGACCCAAUUAACUUUCAUGUUCAUAAAUAUUAAAAUAAUUUUGUGUGUGUGUUAGGUGGUAUGCAUAUCUGAGAAUAUGGCAAGAGAGUCGCUGUGGAUUGUUUUAAAGGUUGAGAAGUGGAAAAAUGCUUGAAAUGAUCAGCAGAAAGAGAGCCUUUGCAGAAAACGUUUUUGCUGUAGGAAUUAUAUUUUAUGGCAGUCUUCUGGAUUAGAAAAAUAAAAGGAGAGACAGUAGAUAAGAUACGUUCCGUAAAUAGAAACUUAGUUUCUAUCCCUAUUCUGUUUAGAAUGUUUCCUUUGAAGUAGACUCUAUAAGUAUAAGAUAAGCCGUGCUUGUUUGGAGAAGGAUUUUUCUCCUCCUCCUUCAAGAGGAUGAAAGUGCUUUUUAGGCUGGUUUCUGCUUGGCUUUGCUAGAAGCCCAAGGGGUUCCUUAAUCUGAAGAUGGGUACACCUUUUCUUGUGGAAGCCAGAAGAUGACGCAUUUUGAUUUAGAUGUUGCUGUAUUUAAAAUUUCUCGAGGUCAACUUGAAGUGAACCUUAGGGUGGUUUUUUUAAUAAACAAACCCUGCUGUAUAAUGUUAGUUGGGAGUGUGAGAGGUUUGCAGUAUUGUCAUUCUAACAUCUAACAAAUGUAGUGUUCGUUUUGUUUGGAAAGUGUGACAUCUUUACUGUAAUUGAGUGAAUAAUAUGCCUAAUGACGUUACUGAAUAGCUUUUUAGAGGAGAUUUUUAUGACAUAUUUUACUUUAAUCAAUUCAUCUUUGAUGUCUUCUACACUUUUGUAUUUUAUCUUUACUUCUUUUUUUUUGUUUUUUGUAGUGGCACUGUGAAUGCUGAGUGAUAAAAAGUAAUAUUUAUUUUGUAUGCAACUGUCAAGAGGUGCUUUUGCUUUACUGUGUUCUUGUGGCAUUUGCUGUAGAAUAAUAUAAUACUCCUCUGUUGUACUAAAAUCAGUAUGUGAAAAAUAACAAGAAGAUCCAUACAUUUACACCAGUUUGCCCAUCAGACAUGUUAACACUUCCAUUCUGUUUGAUGUGCAAAAUUUCAAAAUUGAAAUGUUGGAAAUGCUGUUUUUGUUUCAAAGACAAAUCUCUGCUUAAUUGAAUUAUAUUCGUCUUCCCAGAAAGUAUGUAAUAUAAACUUAUGCAAUACAUUUCAGCUCUCUUGGGCAAUCCUUCUUCCAUGAAGUAAAAACCUGAUGAAGCUGAAGCCUAAAAGAGAGAUGUAAAGUGAAUGAGAUGCAAGUUAUUAUUAUAAAGCCCAGAGAUGAAAUACAUCAUAAAUUUUUGAAGAAUUUAAAUAGUUCCUUUUAUGUGGAGAAAGCCAAUUGCUUUUUCUCGUUACAAGGGGGGCAUUAUCAAAAAACUUAUGAAAUCAUAAUUAUAUACCCUAGUAUGUUUUGUGGAAAAUGUGUAUGGCCAGUUUGUGAUAUUUCGUAACAAAAUGUUGCCAUACUCAUAAAUACUCAAAUGCUAUGAAAUAUAUGGAGGGUAGGGCUACACGAUAAUUAUUAAGAUAGUUAAAUUAUGUAUUAAACUGUCUUUCUUCAUGAUAUGUACAUGUAUUCCCAAAAUUUUCUUCACCUCCCUGUCUUUGUUUACCCUCAUGAAGCUGUGCUUUUGAGUGGUGGAAAUUCUUUCCAGUCAAAUCAACUUACAUCCUCUUUCAUUUAUUGGGUUUGUGAAAUAAAUUAUGAAACUUACAUUUUUAGCUGUAAUUUAUUACAUUUUCAUCUAAUCAUUUACAUUAUAAUAUUAUGAUUGUGGUAGCGUGUCAAAUCAGAAGAAAUGAAGAAAUACAAACUCUUUGUAAAAGCCAAUACUUUAGAGGACCUUAGUGCGUACAAAUAUUUAUGGUCUCUAUAGGGAUUUAUUGCUUUUGUUUGUUUGUAUAUAUGUAUGUGUGUGUUAGAGACUAGCACGCUUUUUUGUGUAUACAGUUCAGAAAGUGAUGCAGGACCUUUCUUGUUUUUUUAAGUGUCAUUUCAGCAACUCUGGACAGCACUUUGGGUCUGCAAGUCUUUUUAUCAAUUGGUUAGCACAAACCAAUAAGAAUGCAGUAAAUGUGCUUUUUUUAGAAAUAGACCUGAUAAGACUGAGGGAGAAAUGAAUACGGUGUGCUUACGUAGUUGCAGUGGUUCGGUUUUCAGGUUUUCUGUCAGAAGUCUGUCUUCAGGUUUGCUUGUCCGACCGGACAUGAAUAAGUAGUGGGUACUGUUUCCGUGGUCCUGGAAUCAAAAGGCUGUCUUUGGGUUGGUUAUGUCGGAGGAAGGAUUUGACUCCUGAUGACCAGGCAUUGGGUAACUUCCUUUGUCGUAGCGAGCCCUUUCGGUAUUGAGCUACCGUAGAAACCUUCUUGUCAUAUAUUUAUUUUCCCAAUUUUGAUUGUGACUGAAACUUAAUAUUAUUACCCGUAUAUAAUAUCCUUGUGUUUUUCCUAUUUGGCUGUUAUAGUAUGAGUUGAUUCAGAGUUUUCGUCAGACUUUGCGUUCUCCUCAGCCGGUGUAGUGUUCAGUCCAUCAUGGUCCUGGCUAUGUCAUGGCACAAAUAGCUGACACCUGCGUGGAUCUGCAUUUCUAGGUUGUUGUUUUUUUCUCUUUGAAUAAGCAUUCUAAUUUUUUUUAAAGUUCUGCUGUGUUUCUUUCUUUACUAAUUUGUCGUUGUAUAUCAAAAUAUUUUCAUUAUUAUGGAAUUUCUACAUAUCUCUUUUUAUAUAUUAAUUGUUAGACAAUGCUACAAUUCUGUGAGCUUUAUUUACAAAAGGGCGUGUCAGAAAAGUUCUCAUUUUGUGUUCAUGAACAUAAUGUGUUUUUAAAAAAUGAUGAUGUGGAAAGAAGAUGCACUCGUUGGUUGCCUGUGCAUGAAUUGUUCUCAAGAUAUGUACUGCACGACCAUGGUAUCACAUUAGAGUGUUGAAAAAAAACCAAGGCAGUGCCCAAAACAUGUCGACUGCAUAGUACACAAUGAGGCAUAAUAGAUAUUGUACUUGUUUCAUUGAACAUUAAUUUCAUGAAAUAAUUCAUCUUUGUAAUUCAAAUUAUUUUUUGUACUUCUCUCCUUUAAAGAUUUUUUUUGGUGGUAUUAGUAGCACGUUCAGUCAACUCUAUGUCUUACUGUCGUAAGAUCACAGGCUAUUAAAGGUUGCAAUGUGUACAAUACUCAAGUUUGCACCAGCACAAAAUCUACCAGUAGUUUAGUUUACCUGUGAACGCAGUAACUAUGUUGCAUUUGCUGAAGCAUGUUUUUUAUGCAUAGGGUAAAGCUUAUGAGUGUUGAUGUUUUUUAAAUUUUGAUCUAAGUAUACUCCAGUAAGUUAUUUCAGUAAGUUUAGUCCUGUGAAUGUAAUUGUGCCUUGAGGGGGAAAAAAGGAUGCUUUGGCAUUUUUUUUAAAAUGAAAGAAAGGAGAUACAAAUACAAUGUUACCUGGGCUUAAAGGAAUGUGCUACAACAUGUUGUGAAUUUAAUCUUUUUCUUCUGUACUUUAUCUCUCAUCAAUUCAAAAUCUUCUACAUGUUUGAACAAUUGUACUUCAGUGUGAAAUUGUCUUGUGUGGAUCAUAUUGGUUUAUUGAGUUUAUGAGGUCAGUAAAUAUUACGGUACACCAAAUUUACGUCUUCUAUGUAAAGAUUAUAAAACAAAUUUCAAAAGGCAUAUAUUUCUUUGUACUUGAUAUAUUAAUAUACCUUGGAACAAGUGUAAAGUAUGCCCAUUGUUCGCCAAAGAAUAUAGACGACUCUUUUUGCUUGUGAAGAAAAACUACAUUUUGACGGUCUUCGAAUUCUUCCCUUUCUUCUAUGUGAUACAUACAUGAUUUUCUGUUGAAAUGCUUCAAACAACACAGUGUUCCCUUGCCUGAAGCAUCGGGAUGCUGUUUUCACAGUGUGGUUUGUUUACUACUGUUUAGUACUGCUUUGUGACAAAAAUUGUGUAGGUUGUUGUUUUUUUCUUUUUUUGUUCUAAGUGAUAUCCAUGUGCAACUGUACCUGUUUGAGUCUUUAAACUUUAUAGUUUCAGGUUUAUACCAUAUUUUACAACUUCUAUAUUGUAAUAUACAUCAUGCACAUUAAAUAAUAAUAGCCAUCACUUUUUAUUCAGGCAGUUAUAAAAUCCUUGCCUAAAAAGCACAGCAGUGGUACACCCCUUUCCCUUACUUUGUUGAGUGCUUAGAAAUAAAAUAUUUCAUGAACCCA